UUAAGUUAUGACAGAAGUCAAGUGAUUUCUCUUGUUUUUAAUUGUUUAUUUUUUAAAUCACAGACAAUUAAAUCAAUUUUAUUUUUGUAAAUUCUAUUUUUAUUAAAUGUUCUGUGAUCAUGAUCAAGUUUUCUAUUCCAAAUAAAUUGGAGGAUUUAACUUCCGUCAGUGAUGAGAGUAGUUACAUUGUCUCCCAACAAUAUUCUGUCCGAGAGGUGAAUGAAUAUUUGAAUGACCUCAAUUCCAGAAUACGAUUGAAAGGAGCUGCUUUUAUUUUGGAUGAUUUUGAUUUUAUCUAUUCUGCCAUCAAAAACUUCAAGUUAUUGGAAUCUCAGUGUAAAAAUACAUGUUUCAAAACUCUUCUUACUGCCUUAUCUCAACUUGAAGAUGAAUUGAAUCGUGAAUUUCAAAAGCCUCGAGCAAAUUGUUUCACUGAUCCUUGUGAGAAACUAUCGAAAUGUAAUACACUUAAGAUGCUGAUAUUUUCUGUUGUUUCUCUUGUGGAGAUAAUUGAAGGAUCAGUUUUGGCCAAUAAAUUAGCACAAACUGAUGUUCGAGCCUCGGCCAAGAAAAAGAAUCCAAAUGAACAGACAAUCAGUGGUUAUGAUCGUGAACGAGAAAAAUGUGUCAACAUAAUAUACAAAUUGAUUGUGAUGCCAUUACAAUUACUCUUUCAACCAGCAUUUGUUGAAGAUGAUUUGAUAAGAUGUGUUACAUCUUGUUGUUGGAGAUUAAUUGAGAAUCAAAAUCUCCAUCGUAAUAAACCAUUGAUGGAUAAUAUUUUUCACAUAAUUGGAUACACAAUAGAAAAGUAUUCUGGAAGUUUGGGUUUUUGUCUUAAAAUCAUUCAACUUUUACAACAUCGAGAGAAUUUGGUUUCUAUUCUUGGACAACUUGUUGGAUCAAUUGUUCAAAAUCACAAUCAAAGUUUACUAAUCAGUGAGAUUAUUCGAGAAGUACAAAGAGUGGACACAAGGGAUUUAUCUCGAGACACCAGUGGACCAAGAGCGAUAUCAUUGUUUCUUUGUGAAAUUGGUGAAAAAUGUCCAAAUGAAAUGAUGAACUCAAUUGCUAAUCUGUUGCCGUUUCUUGAUCAAGAUUCAUACAUAAUGAGAAAUGCGACACUUUCUAUUAUUGGUACAAUCAUCUCGAAAAACUUGAGUCAAGAUAAAAUGAGUAAUCGAGAGAAGAAUUUGAGAGAUGAACUUCUUAACAAGUUGGAAUUACAUUUACUUGAUGUUUCAUCUUACACUCGAGGAAGAGCUUUGCAAGUUUGGUGUCGACUUUGUACAGAACGAAAAAUCCCAUUGGUGAGACUCGACACUCUGAUGGAAGCGGUUGUUGGUCGACUUCAUGAUAAGACAACUUAUGUUCGUAAAUAUGCUGUUCAGUUUUUGACUUGUUUUCUUCGAUCUGAUAUAUUCGCCGUUCAAUUGGAUCUAAAUGCUCUAUCAUCAGCCUACGAGAGAGCAAAGAGUAAAUAUGAGGAAUUGGAUAGAUUGAGGGAACAAUUGGAAAGUAAAGGAGAGAAAAUCGAAGAGAACAAUUAUUUGGAAGCUUGGGAUGGAAUCGAAAUUGAUUUCUUCCAAUUUUUGGCCAUGGAAAAUAUUGAUAAUAUUAUCGAAAAUGGAGUGGCAAGUGAUAAAGACAAUGAAGAAAACGGCGAAAUAGAUUUAGAUGAUUUCGAUUCUCUAUCGGAAAUGCUAAAAGUAGAAAUCGAUGGACAAAAUUUCAACAGAGCUGUUCAACUUUACGCAUUGAUGAAAGAAAAGUUUCCUGAUAACGAAGCUUUUAAAGACGAUGAGGACGAAACAAUUCAGCAAAAAAAGAAUUCAGGAAAAGGUGAAAAAAGUCGUCGAAAUAAGAAGAAUAGAAAACGACGUCGAGCAUCUGAGAACGAAGAUACUUGUAUGAGUAUCGAUGAAGAUGCAGACAAUGAGGACAAAGAAAACGAAACGAUCAAUGAAACGAAUGGUAAAGGCGAUGGCGAUAACGAGAAUGGUGAAGAUGAAAACGAAGAUGAAGGAAUUGGUGAAGAACACGGACUUGUUCAUAUUCGAGCAUCGAAAAUUGUAAAAUUCUGUAAAACUGUUUACAUUCAAGUUUCUAAGAAAAAGACCAUCGAAUUAGGUGAGGAAACUAUGAGAGGUGAAAUAAAUCGAGCGGUUUCCAAUCGUGAAAAAGACUCGAACGCAAGUGAAUCACAAGCAGAAGAAUCUCUCGAAAAAGUGGUUGACUUACUGGAGAAACAAAAAAAUGUACUCAUCUAUCUACGAGAUAUAAUCAUAGUGACAAAAUACUUAAAAUCGGCUGUUCCACUGGUUUGUACUCUACUGUAUUCGAAAACCAUACAGGAUGUACAAGAAGCGAUCAACUUUCUUGUUACUGCUUACGAAUUUGGUAUAAAAGAGGAAGCACAAGUUGGAUUGCGAAAAAUGAUCAUCUUAAUCUUUUCAACUGAUGGAACAAAAAAAGAAGUGAUCGAAGCUUAUAAGAGGAUAUUGUUCGAAGCGCCUGAAAAUGCUGAACAAACUGGACUCGAAAAAGCAAAAUCAAUUGUGAGUAAAUUGGUUGAAUUGGUUAAAGGAUCAGAUUUGGAUGAGAUAAUCUCACUACAAGAGCUUCUUCGAGAAAUGUCAUCAACAAACAGUUUCGAUAAACAUGUGAUCCAAUUACUUUGGGACAAGUUUUCACUUCGAUCUGGACAAACAACCGAAGAAGAGAGUCGAAUUUGUAUCCAAUUAAUAUCGAUGUUAGCAAGUUCUAAUCCACAAUUGAUUCGUAAAAAUCUUGAUCUUCUUGUUUCCGUGGGUCUUGGAGAAAGAGCUCUAACUGACCUCCAACUCGCUCGUUACACUUGUUCCGCUCUUUCUAAAGCGAUGACCAAUCAGGGGCGAAUCAUCACCGCUGAACUUCCGUAUCGUCUCUUGAAAUCUCAUUCAGUUUUUGUAAAUAUUGUUCGAGUUGUUGUCGAAACGUUUCCUGGUGAUGAAAAUGAUGGAUGGUUACCAAUGUGUGAAGAAGCUUUCAAAGUUAUAUUCAAUUUAGCUGAACAUCCGGAUACAAUUUCUGAAGAGAUUUUAUAUGGAAUGAUUCGUCAUCUCAUGAAAUACAAACAAUCCCAAUCAAAGAACAACUCAACAGCUGAAGAUGAUAGAGAAGACGAUAAUGAAGUAUUUCUUCCUAGUCAAUCAACAAAUAGCUCUACUAGCAAUGAUUUACUUAUGGUUCCUCCAAUAUUAGCUCGUUUCAUUCACAGUAUUGGUUCAGUUGCAAUGAAUCUUUUGAUUCAUUUGGAAGUUAAUGUUUUCACCGAGUUAAAGACAAGAAAUGCAAUUAAAGAGGAAAGAGAUAACCGGAAAAGUUUAUCUCAAACUGUAAUUUCAAUGAGUAGGAGGAAAUCAUCAGGAAGACGAUCAACUGGUGGAGGUUUAAAUGAAGAUGAUGAUGAAUUAGGAUUAACAGGAGUUGUAUCAGCAGAAGAUGCUGAGGCUGAAUUCAUUGCAUCUCUUUGUAAUUCCGAGAUUGUUGAUCCUCACGAUAAGAAUGAAAAUCUACUCGCUAAAUUGUCUCGAAUUGUAGUCAAAGUAGCAAGUGAUCCUAAAAAUUAUCCUCAUGAACAAUUAAAAUCUGCUGCAAGUCUCACAUUGGCAAAAAUGAUGGCGAUUAGUGAGAACUUUUGUAAGAACAAUAUUCGUUUAUUGAUCACAAUUCUCAAGAAAGCCGAAGAUCCUGCAAUCCGAUCUAAUACAAUUAUCGCAGUUGGUGAUUUAUGUGUUCGAUUUCCUAACCUGUUGGAACCUUGGACUUCCCAUUUAUAUCAAUCAUUACAAGAUGAUUGUGUCUUGGUCCGCACCAAUGCGCUCAAAGUGAUCUCACGAUUGAUUUUAUCUGACAUGAUUAAAGUACAAGAUCAAAUCAGUGAGAUGGCGAAACUCAUGGUUGACCCAGAGGAGCAUGUUUCAUGUUAUGCAAAACUAUUUUUUACCCAAUUAAGCAAGAAGCUAAACGCUGUCUACAAUGUGCUACCUGAUAUAAUCAGUAAUCUAUCAGAUUCGAAGGUUGGAAUCGAAGAGAACGAUUUUCGAACCAUCAUGCGUUUCCUAUUCGAACUCAUUGACAAGGAACGUCAUACUAUUGGUCUCUUAGAGAAAAUGUGCCAAAGAUUCAAAAACACUCUAAAUGAGCGACAAUGGGUUGAUUUAUCCUUCUGUCUGAGUUUACUCAAGUAUUCCGAUAAAUCAAUCACCAAACUAUUCGAAAACUUUUCCUGUUUCGCUGACAAAGUAUCGGUCGCAGCAGUUUACGAAUUGUUCAUGUCGAUUGUCACAAAUGCAAAGAAAACAACAGGUCUUAAAAACGAAACGAAACAAAUGCUGGAGGAAUUUGAGACGAAACUGAAACAGGCAAAGAACAAAGGAGUUGAUGAAGAUGAAAUUGCUAAAGAAGAUGGAGAAGAAGGAGAAGAUGAAGAAGAAGAAGACGAGGAUGAAAACGAAAAUGAAAAAACUAUGAUCUCGACAGGCGAUGAUUGAUUAAUUGUUACCAAAAUAUUAAGAGCAAUCAAACUGAAACCUAAACCAUUUAUCAGAAGCUGAUUGUCUUUUUUAUUAAACAUCGUCAUUUGAUUGCAUGUAAAUGACAAUCAGUGAUUAACAUCAAUAAA